AUUAAAUUGGGUGCUGAAGAUAACCUUAUAUUGAUCCAAAAAGAUUUUGGUGUGCACGAUCAUCAUACUAUAUCAAAUGGUCAUGUUCUUGUUUAUAUUGGAGGCGGAACAUUGUUUUGGUAG